AUGAAGCACGGGGUCGAGGAGUUCGGGGACGUCUUGUCGCCACUGGAGCUGGAUCUGAUCGCUCAAGUGUUUGAUGCGUUGGUUCUUAGCUCGAACAUCGUGGUGGGCGUGAUUCCGGACUGGUUUGCGACAGAUAAGCGCGGUUGGUCUCGUUCGGAUAAAACUUUCAUUGCAGGAGAAGAGUCUUGCUUGAGGCACGUGCGUACGUGGGCUCCACUCCACCAUCCUCAUGUUCGAAAGUUUUAUGGAGCGUGCCAUGUUGGUAGCCCGUACGUGAUACAUGAGCUGACAGUGUCACGCUACCCAAAUAUUGGCCCCUGGUUCUACAUGUAUGGCUGCUCUCUUGGCUUGAAAUACGUGCAUGAGCGUGGUCUCGUUCAUGAGAAAUUGAGUUUCGACAAUCUCCAGUCGCUGUACGACUUUAAGGGGAUGCUGUCUGGUCUUGGCUUGACGCGGAUUGAAGGAAAAUUAUCCGUCGAAGCAGACGUGUGGGCCUUUGGCGGCAUCAUGUUUGAGUUUCUCGUGGACUUUUUCAGCCGAGACGACUCAGAACUUGAGGAGUUUAAGCGAACCCAGCGACUUCCAGAGUCUCGACCAAGCUUCUUCAACGAAGAGCAAUGA